GAGAAGGUAAAACAGACCCCCAAAGCUCUUAAAUCAUCAGCUCCAACUAAUAAACCCUAAACCCUUCAUCCACCAUUAUUAAUUGGAGUUGAAGUUUCACUUUUCCAUCCAAAAAAUUGCAGAGAUGGAUUUGGACUUCGACGGUCCAAGUAAAGUCCCGAGCAGGCAAGCUCGUUUUGUUCCCAAGAAUUCCAAAUUGAAGCCCCAACCCAAAAGUGAAACACUGCCAUUGAAGGUAGAUUCAGAUAUUUCGACUAAAAAGGAAGAAUUGGUAUCACAACCCCCUCUAAGAGAUCAUAUAGCGAAAAACGGAGAGGCAACGGUUGAGGACGACGUUCCAUUGAAUGGAGAGACGACGGGAAACGACCUCGCAGAAGAACAAGUCACAAUGGAAACUGAUAGCGAUCGAGAUGAAGUUGUCCGUGAAGUUGACGUGUGGCUUACCCCUUCCGCUAAUGAGUUCUAUGUACUCCAAUAUCCGUUGAGAUCCGAAUGGCGUCCCUAUGGAUUGGAUGAAAAAUGCCAAGACGUGAGGUUGAGACCUUCAACGGCAGAAAUGGAAGUUGAUUUGGCAAUAGAUUUUGAUUCUAAGAAUUUCGACAGAGACUCUGUACAUGCAGCAACAAUAAAAAAGCAGAUUGUUUCUACAAAAUGGGUGCCAUUAUCUACUUGCGCUGACUUUGCUGUUGGGAUCCUCAUUGGUGAUAAGUUACACCUCAAUCCUGUUCAUGCAGUUGUACAGCUCCGACCAUCACUGCAGCAUCGUAAGGAAAGCGAGUUGAAGAACCUUACCACCAGCAAUGAUGAAAAAAGUCGUGAAAAUGAAGACGUCAAGGAGAAGAAGUCUAUGGGUCCAUCAAAGAAGCAGAACAAACCACCUGGGAACUACAAGGAUAUUGGAGAGCAUUGGUUACAUCUAAAAUACCAUGGGACUAGGAGUGACAUUUCAGCCAGACAUCUUCAGAAAAUGGCCAUGGAGGGAGGCUCCCCAGUACCAUUUUCAAUGAUCCCGGGUGAUUAUCUGAACGCCAUUUGUCCUGCAAGGCCAUCUGACAUUGACAGAUUAAGAAAUCUUAGAACAAGGUUGUCUCAGAAACCUUUUGAAGAACGUGUUAGAACUUGGCUUCUUCAGGGACCUCCAAUUCAUCGUUUUGAUGCUCUAAAGCACCUAGCGCCAGAUAAUCCUGUUGAUGAGAUUUUGGAAGUCCUCAAAAGUUGUGCACAAUUAGUUCAAGGAUUGUGGGUUCCAAAAAGUUCAUUAGUCUAUGACACAAACAAUGGAGUUGAAGUUUUAGCGAGGAAUUUUGUUCUUUAUGAGUUUACCAAGAGUACCCUAAUUAAGAAGUCAGUGUUUGGCAGGAGGCCUGAAUUCCUUAAAGCUGCAACACCAGUUCUAAAAUCAUUAGCUGUUGAGAGGCCUGACCUGGAUGAUUGGAAGCUCAAAGAGCUUCCUGACAAGAAAUUUGAAAACCUUUAUGGUGAUGUUGUAAGAGAGCAGCAAGCUAUCUGGGAGUCCAUGGGGAAACAGAUCAAUGAUAUUAUGCAUGGAGGAAGAAACAGGCCUACUUUGAAGAAUCCUCUAAACCCAAAUGCCAACAUUCCUGCGUUGUCAAGCAGUGAUAAGCCCACUCCUACCACAUUUUUGAAAACAUCUAUGUCAGAAGAAAUUCGAGGAGCUUUACCAAAGGCGCUUCAAAAUGUUUUUAGAAUCCAUAAGGUUUGCAGUUUGCUUCAAAUUUGCGAACUGAUGGAAAAGGAAGAUCCAAAGAAAGCUAUAAUUGCACCCACGGGUGUUCCUGAUGCACUUCGAAAAGAGAUAGAGACAGUGGUUAAUCAGAUUGCUGUAAACAUCCAUGGUGUCUAUGUUUUGAAGUCAUCGCCAGAUAAUCCACAGUAUGAUGCAUUGAGGAAAGUUGUAAUUGAUCUUUUUAUGGCUGAAGGGUCGAGUGCAAAGCUAAAGAAAGCAUCUAUAGUUGAAGCUGCCAAGUUGCAACUGGGAAGGGAUGUUACCACUGUUGAGUUUCAAAAGGUUAUGAAGGAACUAUGUCGUUCAGAAAAUUCAGCAUGGGUUUUGGGAAGCAGUGACGGCAAUCCACAAUAGUUGUCUGCUAUUUUUGAUUAAGUUGUACAGGUCAUGGAAAGUUCACUGCUAGUUGCAGAAAUUCUCAAUGCUGAGGAGAAGUUGGCUUUUCUUGAAGUUUCACUUUACUCUUGAGAGGCAUAUAAUUGUUCAGUUUUGGGUGUUAACACGGAGUCUCGAGUAUAUGGUUGAGCUGUUAAAAUGCUUCGCGUUGCAUUGCAAAUCUGGGAGAAAAUUUAGUUAGAUAUCACUUUAUCAGAAGAAAAUGGACAGCAGAUGUCAAGCCUUUUUUGCUCAUUCUUUUCUCAUUCAAUUCAUUCUUUUUGAUGAGCGAAAAUAUAGUCAGAUGUUUCUUUUCAAUGUCUCUGUUAAAAUGUAUGAAUUGUUGCUUCUCUUUACUUGCAAAAGAAAAUCAUUCAGCAUCUCUGUACCAUCAGGAAAACUAUAAGUUAA